ACUUGUUUUUGAAAUCUGCGUUAAGCGUACGUGAGGAAUGUUUGUGCCAGACCAAUCUUAGAUAAUGUUUUGCAUUUCGGGUACUCUGUAAUGGAGCGCCUAAAUAGGUCGAAUUACUGCAAAUUAAGUAACUGAUAUGGGUGAAGACACCUAUAUUUUACAAAGAGCCUGGCAGCCAAAGUAAGAGGUGGGUAACGUCAGUUCCUUAUUUAAUGUAAGGCAUUUCAGCUUGUAAAUAGCAAGAUGGCUACCGAGCUAAAAUGCAUUUAGCGGCUAGCUAAACACCCAUAUUUUGAGAACUCUUACUCGGUGCAUUUCUAAAUAAAUAUUCCGUCAGGAAAUAACGUUCCUGCUCACCUAUAUUUUAUUUAUAAUUCUAUCUAAGUUUAUCAAUUAUUAUUUUUCACCAAGCUAACGGUAAGAUCGAAAGACACUGAAGCUGGUGUUAGAUUGUGGACUUCAACGAAGAGCUUUUCCGCUGUUUUCAGUGAGCUCUCAAAUUUGGACCAUGUUAUUUUAACGUAUUUGGAUAUUCUGAAUAAAGCUGUUUGAGCUUCAGGUUUAGAACUACACAAUAACGUAAGGAAAAUCAGGUUUCAUAAACGUCGUGAAAUCGUUUUACGGCAAAUUACCAAUCGGAAGCUAACUUCAAUCUUAAAAAAGAACGUGGUGUACCGCUGCAGGUUUUUAUUCACUAAACCAUUCUAUUUUUUAAUCCAUCUUGAAGUCAGAGUGUGGGGUUUAGAGUUUUAUAUAAAAAACACCCGGUCAGUAUUUGGUUUUUUUUAUUCUAUUGAAGGAUUUUGGCUUAUAUGUACCAACAGCAUACCCCAUGUGGCUGUGAUAAUGAACACAUAAUGGUGUAAUCAUCUCCAGGAAGUGGAGCGGAAACGCAGAAUACACUCCUCCUCUUGCACCAUCAGGCCUGUAGGGGAACCAGUUAAAGGCGGCUGUCACUUGUUGUGUAUCUGGAGGGGAGGCCUUUUUCCCUGGCUGCUCAGUGAGAUUGGAAGCGGCAUGCAUGUGAAAGAUAAGCUAUCAAAAUGCUUCAAGGACCUUGUUUUAACAACUCCACCUAGACAUACCCUGCUCAGUUUGAAAACAAGCAACUCAGGCUUAAAUGCAAGGUGGGCAGGAUGGGGGAGCGGACCGUUGGCGGCCCUGUGGCUGCGAUCUCUCCAGUGCAGCAGAUGUUGGCCUCUGGCACUGGAGCCCUCCUCACAUCUCUCUUUGUCACUCCACUGGAUGUUGUGAAGAUAAGGCUGCAGGCUCAGCAAACACCUUUCCGCCAAGCCUUAGGCUGUAAAUCUGCUCCAUGGGUCGGCGUCAGUCGCUCUUCCAAAUGGAAGUGCUUUCUUUAUUGCAAUGGGCUGAUGGACCACCUCUAUGUGUGUAGGAAUGGAACCAGUUGCACCAACUGGUAUGGAAAGCCAACACAUUUCAGUGGCACUCUGGAUGCUUUUGUGAAAAUCAGCCGCCAUGAAGGGCUCCGGUCGCUGUGGAGUGGGCUCCCACCGACACUGGUCAUGGCAGUUCCGGCCACAGUCAUCUACUUCACCUGCUACGACCAGCUGAGGGAUUUCCUGUGGUUUGGUCUGGGCCUUCAGGGCAGCUACGUCCCUCUUCUUGCUGGAGGUCUUGCCAGAUUGGGAGCUGUGACAGUGAUCAGCCCACUGGAGCUGGUCAGGACCAAAAUGCAGUCCAGGAAGCUGACCUACAGCGAGCUGCGGGUGUGCAUCCGCUCGGCUGUGGCUCAGGACGGCCUGCUGUCUCUGUGGAGGGGCUGGGGACCCACCGUUCUUAGAGAUGUGCCUUUUUCUGCUUUGUACUGGUUCAACUACGAACUGGUGAAGGCCCAGCUGUGUGACCAGUACCAAACGCCACAGGCCAACUUUUCCAUCAGCUUUACUGCAGGAGCCAUUUCUGGAGCUAUCGCUGCUAUCCUGACGCUGCCGUUUGAUGUUGUGAAAACUCGAAGGCAGAUCCAGCUUGGAGAACUGGACUCCUUGGGAGCUUCCAAAAGGGUAACCACUUCCACCUGGCACAUAAUGAAGGAAAUCUGGUCUGAGUUGGGCUACAGAGGUCUCUUUGCAGGUUUUAUGCCCAGAGUGAUCAAAGUCGCUCCAGCUUGUGCUGUAAUGAUCAGCAGCUAUGAGUUUGGGAAGGCCUUCUUCCAAAAGGUCAACCUUGAUCAGCAGCGACUGGUGGCGUGAACUUGGCCAGCAGGCUGGCCUGGAUCCAUUUUUCUUAGAACAUUUAACAUGAGGUUCAUUGUUUGUGGAAGAGUCUCUCUAUUUGCAGACCGGUUCUUCUGGAAAAACAAAGAGACAUGCCUGUAACCUUCACAUCCUACUGAGCCUCCAUCCCAAAAGACUCUGGACUUAAUGCAUGUUUUAAAACAUUAAAGGUUGGAAGAAAGGUUUCAACGCUUUGAUGAGGAGAUUUCAUCUUUAAAAGUGAAACCACUGUGCAUAUAUGAGUGGCGCACACUCAUAAAGACUGCAAUGUGAUCUGUAUUCUAGCAUAAACCAGAUAAUCUGAAGGCUGAUUCUUUUCAGUACACAGUCCAGAUAAGAUUCUUCACCCUGCCCCUGCAUAUUUCAUCUGUUGUCCUGUUGCAGUAAAACAUGACAAUUUUCACACUUGUCUGCUAUGUAGAUACUUUACAGAUGCUGAUUGAAUUAUUUUCCAUGUGCUAAUCAAUGCAUCCAGAACAACAGAUUCAUAUGUAUGUCUGAAAAUACAAGAGUUUAUGACAAGAGACACCGUAAUUUAUGAGGAUACACUCACCCACUGAUGCAAAAUUUUAAGUGAACAUGAGUGGACUACUUGUGGGGUUUCAUUUGUUCAUGAAACGGCAUCAGAGCGACUGUUAGGGGAAUUAUUUAGGUCCAUAGAGACCUUUUAGCCGAUGGGUUGAUCCUUGAGUUAAUGGUGUUCUGAAUUCUUUAGACAUGGGACCAUAAAACAAAACAUCAGCCUUCAUUUGAAGAUGUCCAUUUUGUUUCUGUUUUAUAGACUUGAAUUGAAAUAAAAUGCUACA